GUCAAAUUAAAAAAAAAUUUGUAGCAUCUUUAAGUUCUUUAUGUAAAUUUAUUUAUAUUUAUAUGUUAUUUCGCAUAUUAGUACUAUAUACAUUUUUCUUGCAUAGUUUUGAAUCGUUCGCAAUAUCUAAUGACAAAGACGAGUUGAGUAUAUUGCAACGAGCGAAGAGAAACUUGUUGUGCAAAGAGAAAGAAUACUUGAAGAAUCAACCGAUGAGUGAACAAUUAAGAAAAUUCAUAAGCAGAUACAAGAGAAAAGCAAAAAUUCCAAAAUCUAGAAUAAAACACGAUAUAGAAGAUAUGUAUGUAUUAGAUAAUGGAAAUAUAGUUCCUCUGAACCAAAUUAAAAUUAGAAACGUAAAUGAGGAAUACUACACCAGUUCGCAGGCAAGUACACAACAAUGGAAAUUCACAGUUUUACCAGUUAUUCUUCCAAAAACCCGCGAUUCUUGUUCGACAGUUUCUACCGUUGAAUCAACCUCUCCAGUAACUACAUUUAGUAUCACUACUCCUAGCGAAACCACUAGUAUCAUUAGUGCUACUAUUGAUGAUACUAAUACGAGUAGCAAAAUUCAUAAAACAACAACAAAAACUGAAGAAAAGACGGAAGAAUCUUAUGUAGAAUCAGAUGACGAAAAUAUACCAAGCGAAGUUACCACUAAAGGUAAACUGUUGAGUAAAGUCAUUCAAGACGUCCAAGAAUUAAUCAAAUUUGAAAAUCAACCGAAAACCGAAGGAGAAUUGGGAACUUGCAACGUAACCGGCGAUUGGGAUAGUUACGCCGGAGGUGUCCAAAUUCGCAUAUCACCCAACUCCAAUCCCAAAACACCGAAAAUAGAAAUAGUACCUAGAGAACCGCCGAUGGAUGGUUUUUUGAACGGUACUAUUUGGAAUGUGACCGCCCUAGCGCCGUUUCCGCAUCAAUCUUUAAUUUCUAUUACGGCCGUAUCUGCUAAAGGUAAAAAGAUAGCAAAUUUUUUGGGAGAAUGUAGGAUUUGUGAAGGAGCAGAAAGUAUAGCCGGAUAUUGGAUGUUGAGACGGAAAUCGAAAAAUUGCAAAGACCGAGAAGAAGCGAAUAGUAUUAUUAGCGAUGUUCUCAGAAAAAACAACGUCAGGUUGUUGCAGAAACAACACCUAGCUUCAAUCGAUAAAUCUACGAUGCAACACAUAGAAUCAACAUCGGAAGACGUGGAACAUUAACAAUUAUUAAUUUAAUUAAAGUUUAUAAUUGAC